AUGAACGACGACGUGGCAUACGUGACGGGUCAAGUCAUCAUGCACGACAAGCAGUCGACGCUGGCCAUGACCAUGUUCAACGUGCAAGGCGUCUUCCUCCGGCGCAUCGGCCGCCUCACGCUCUACGGCAACCUUCCGGACGCGCGCGUCGAGCUCGUGUACCCGUCCAUGACGGCGUCGACGUCAUCGCCCGCGACGAUCGCUGCCGCAAACAAUGCGUCGUCGUCUCUGUCGACCAACAAGUCGGCGCCGCUGGACGACGAGCAAAUGCACUUUGAAGUCUCGCCGCCCCGCUUUUCCAAAUCCCUUCUUCCUCUCGUCUCGUACAUGCUCAUCACCGCAUGUCUGCGUAGCUACAAUGGCCAGCAGCAACAGCGCCUUCGCACGGGCCAGUCGCUCGUCGAUCAGUGCAGCUACACGCUCGACAUGAACAUUGGGUCGCCCGAGACCAACCGAGACGCGUCGGUCGCCCCGGCCUCCAUGCUCCACCAGCACUCGGUCGCGGGCCUCAAUGGUAUUGUGGGCAGCGACGGCUGCCAGCUGUACUGGAGUGCCAACGUGACGUACGUCGGCGAGAACUUUGACGUCUUCUUCUCGAAAGCGUCGCACUAUGCGAUCUUGAUGGCGCUGCUGGCCAUGUUCCAGAUCUACCUCCUGCUUCGGCAGCUGCAGCUCUCGUCGACGCAGGCCAUGGCGGCCAAAGUGAGUCUCCUCACGGUCGGCGCCCAGGCCAUCGUCGACUCGUACUUGUGCCUCGCGCACUUGACGGUCGGCAUUGUCGCGCAGCAGAUCUUUACGCUCUUUGCGACCGUCUCGUUCUUCGAGCUCAUCAUUUUCUCGAUUUUCGAGAUGCGGUAUCUCUUGGUCAUCUGGAAGGCGCGCCGGCCGCAGAAUUUCACCCAAGGCUGGCUGCUCAUGCGGCGCGAGCUCACGACCUUGUACUCGCGCUUUUACAUUUCGCUGCUCACGGGUCUCUGCCUCAUCUACUAUGCCUGGCACUAUCUCAACGUGCUGGUGGUGCUCGCCUUUUCGUUCUGGGUGCCGCAGAUCGUCCACAACGCGCACCGAGAAGUGCGCAACCCGUUCGAUUGGGUGUACAUGCUCGGCAUGUCGGUCUCGCGCCUCUUUUUGCCGCUCUACUUUUACGGCUGCCCAAGCAACUUCUUAUCCGCAUUGCCCGUGUAUCAAAUGCAAGCGCAGCCAGGAAUGUGCUAUCUCCUCGUCGGCUGGGUCGCCUUGCAAAUUGCGGUGCUGCAAUUGCAGCAACGCUGCGGCCCGCGCUUCUUUGUGCCCGCGCGGUUCCUCCCCGUCAAGUACAACUACGAGCGCCGCAUCAACGCCGACCAAAUGUCACUCUUGCGGGCCAACCACGGCGACGAGAUUGAUUGCGUCAUCUGCAUGGUCGAGCUCGACAUGGACGCCCGGGACUACAUGAUCGCUCCGUGCGACCACAUCUUCCACCGUCCGUGCUUGCAAGAGUGGAUGCAAGUCAAGAUGGAGUGCCCCACGUGUCGCUGCGCGCUCCCCGAGCCCUAA